AUGAGCAAUGCCUCCAUCGUCAUUGCAUGCAUGCGAGCAGCGAGUGCGGCCAUCUGGGAGCUCAACGGUCAACCUCGCCUGCUACGCGCUCAUGCUCGCCCUGCCUCCACGCUCACCUCACUUCCCGUAUCUCCCUCUCCUCCCAACCCCCUCAUCAUCGCCAAGCGAGCAGCGAGUGCGGCCAUAUGGGGCGUCACCCUCGCCUGCUACGCGGCCAUGCUCGCCCUGCCUCGCCGCCUCUCCGGCUACGUCGUCUUCCUUGCCGCCUUCGCCUUCCUCAUCUUCUGGUCUGCCCCCUCCCAUGCGCCCCACCUGCGCCCCUUCUGUGUUUCUCUCAUGGUUUCACUCCUCUGCUGCGCCUCAUGCCCUGCUUUUCCCUCUUGUCCCACUGCAUUUGUGUUUCUCUCAUGGUUUCACUCCUCUGCUGCGCCUCAUGCCCUGCUUUUCCCUCUUGUCCCACUGCAUUUGUGUUUCUCUCAUGGUUUCACUCCUCUGCUGCGCCUCAUGCCCUGCUUUUCCCUCUUGUCCCACUGCAUUUGUGUUUCUCUCAUGGUUUCACUCCUCUGCUGCGCCUCAUGCCCUGCUUUUCCCUCUUGUCCCACUGCAUUUGUGUUUCUCUCAUGGUUUCACUCCUCUGCUGCGCCUCAUGCCCUGCUUUUCCCUCUUGUCCCACUGCAUUUGUGUUUCUCUCAUGGUUUCACUCCUCUGCUGCGCCUCAUGCCCUGCUUUUCCCUCUUGUCCCACUGCAUUUGUGUUUCUCUCAUGGUUUCACUCCUCUGCUGCGCCUCAUGCCCUGCUUUUCCCUCUUGUCCCACUGCAUUUGUGUUUCUCUCAUGGUUUCACUCCUCUGCUGCGCCUCAUGCCCUGCUUUUCCCUCUUGUCCCACUGCAUUUGUGUUUCUCUCAUGGUUUCACUCCUCUGCUGCGCCUCAUGCCCUGCUUUUCCCUCUUGUCCCACUGCAUUUGUGUUUCUCUCAUGGUUUCACUCCUCUGCUGCGCCUCAUGCCCUGCUUUUCCUCUUGUCCCACUGCAUUUGUGUUUCUCUCAUGGUUUCACUCCUCUGCUGCGCCUCAUGCCCUGCUUUUCCCUCUUGUCCCACUGCAUUUGUGUUUCUCUCAUGGUUUCACUCCUCUGCUGCGCCUCAUGCCCUGCUUUUCCCUCUUGUCCCACUGCAUUUGUGUUUCUCUCAUCCGUGUCAACUCCUUCCCCCGUUCUCCUCUCCUGCCCCAUAUGCUCUCCCCAAUGCUUCACCGCCUCAUGCUCUCAUGCUCCCAUCCCUCGUCCCCCCAUACCCCCCAUGCCACCAUCUUCUCAUACCCCUCCUCCCACCAGCCAUGCGACGAGCCUAGAUGCGAGUGCGUGGAGGAGGGGAGACAUCGACUUCACGGGCACACUCAUGAUCGUCACUCUCAAGCUCGUGGGGGCCGCCAUGGACUGCCAGGACGGCAGCAUGGGCCAGCAGGACGGCAGGGAGCGGCAGGACGGCAGGGAGAAACAGGAUGGCGGCCCACCACGCGCCAGCAGCGCCUCCCCCAACCCAACGCGCCCCCUGCUGCCGUUCCUGCUGCCGUUCCUGCUGCCGUUCCUGCUGCCGUUCCUGCUGCCGCUCCUGCAGCCGUUCCUGGGCAUCAUCUCCUUCCCCGCCACCCUGCCCGUGGGGCCCCAUCCUGCCACCCCACCUUUCCCCCCGUCUCAACCCCUCCCUCAGCGCGCCAGCAGCGCCUCCCCCAGCGCGCGCUCCCGCGUGCCCCCGCUGGUGCCGUUCCUGGGGUUCGUCUUCUUCCCCGCCGCGCUGCUCGUGGGCCCGCCCUUCCCCCUCGCCGCUUACCACGACUACGUUGAGGGCAGAGGGGUGAGGUGGGGGAGGGGGGUGGGAGGGGUGGGCGAGGUGUGA